AUGAAUGAUAGGAAAGACGAAUGCUCAGGUCAAGACGAUCAUAACAUAAACAGCCAAAAUUAUUUAUUAAAUGUGAAUAGUUAUAAUUCAGAAAUUAAUCCUAUGAUUCCAGAUAGUAUGAAUCCAAACAACGAAUAUAAAGAAUCGUUAAUAAAUUUUAAUAAUUUUGGAAAUAAAAAUGGUAUAUAUAUGGAGCAUAUAGAGAGUCAUAAAAAUGAAACUAACGAUAAUUCAAAUGUUGGGAAUAGUUCCUUUUAUUAUCCUCAAAUAAAUAAUAUUCAUAACGAAAAUAAAAAUAGCAUUACAAGAAAUAAAACAAAUUUUUAUGGAAAUAAUUUUGAUAAUAAUAAUAAUAAAAGUUAUAUAAAUAAUAAUAAUGAACAAAAUAAUAAUUUAUAUAUGUGUUAUGAAAAUAUUAAUAAUCAAAAUAUAAGAAAAAUAAAUAAUGAAAACAAUUCGAUGAAUAUUGGGGACAAUAUUACAAGCAAUGAUAAUAAUAAUCGAAAUGAAUAUAAUGGAACCUAUUAUGGAAAAAAUGAAAAUAUUAAUUUUUAUAAUUCUUCCUUAUAUGAUGGAAAAGGAGAUUUUAUAAAAUUUCAAGGAAAUAAUAAUGUAGAAUCAGAUAUGAAUUUACAGCAUGGAGCCAUGGCAAAUAUGAUAUUAUUAAAUGGUAAUGAAAAUUCUGAUCAAAAAAAUUGUCUUAAUUUUCGAAAUAAUAUGAACAAUGAAGAUAAAAAUAGUUAUAAAGAAAAUAAUAAUUUUAAUUAUAACAUAAAUUUGAAAAAAAAAAAAAAUGUAACUUUCAAUAGUGAAAAUGAUGUAUAUAAUAUACCAAACAGAGAAGUUAACAAAAGCAACACUUCUUAUGAAAAUAAUAAUAAUAAUAAUAAUUCAUUUAAUAAUGAUGUAUUGAAUUUAAAUCAAAGAAAAAUCGAAUAUGAAAAAAAUGAGUCACAAAGUGGGGAUAGCAUUAGUAGCAAUAAUAACAACAAUGGAUUGUACAAUAUAGUAACUUUAAAAAAUAACAAUAAUACAUAUAAUAUGAAUAAUAUACAUAAUAAUUAUAUUGAAUAUGACAUAAAUAAUACCGAAAAUAGAAUUAGCCCAAUAGGUAAUAAUACAAAUGGGUGUGUAAAUAUAAAAAAUGAUAAUUCAGAUAAAAGUAACUUAUUAAAUUUAAAAAAUGAAAACACAAAUAAUAUAUAUAAUAAUGUGGAAACAUAUCUAAAUAUAAAAGGAAAAAAAGAAAAUUAUAAUGGAAAUAAUUAUAUGCAAAUUCAAUUUAAUAAUACACAGAAUUCUAAUAUAAAUAAUAUGGGCAAUACUACUUCUUCAAAUCUGAUUCCUUUUAAUAAAACUGACAAUUAUGGGCAAAUAAAUAUGAAUAAAGGGAUUGUUGGAAUAACAAAUUCAAACAAAAAAGAUGGUAGGAAAAAUUCCAGAGCAAAUGUUUUAGAAAAUAUUAGCGAAGAAGAUUUAAAAAAUCAUUUUGUUUUUAAAUAUCUUAAAAAUAUAGAUGAAAUAUAUGAAACACAACAAAGAAAUGAAAAAUAUGAAAAUAACAACAUGAAAAUUAAAGAAAAUGAAAUAAAUAAUAGCAUUCAUGCAUUUAUUCAAGCAUCUGUUGAUGAAUCCGAUAAUUAUGUUAACAAUUAUUAUAAUGUUUUAGAAUUACUUUAUAAUUCUAGUAAAAAAAAAAAAAAUAUAGAUGAUAAAAGAGUUAGGGCAUUAUUAUAUAUAUUUAAAUAUAUAAAAAAUACACAAAGGAAAAAAGGAAAAGUUAAAAAUAAACAAAUAUAUUUAUUUGAUGAUACAGAAUUAAAAAAACUUAACAAACAAGUUGAUUUGUAUAUGGAUUUUGUUAAAAAUCGGGAAUACAAAAAUGACAUGUUUAUUCAAUUUGACAAAAAAGAAAGCAAAGAUCCUAAAUUUGAUCAAACAGAAUUUGAUAUUUCUAAAGAAAAAAUGGGAAAUUAUACAAAUGCAAAAAACAUUGCAUCCAAUUUUGAAAAAAAAAAAUAUAUAGAAAAUUUGCUAAAAAAUAAAUCAAAUUUAUAUUACAAACCCUUAAAAAAAACACAAACAUAUAUUAACAAUUUUUAUUUUAAUCAUUCAUUAAAAAAAGUUGAUUAUUUACAUAACUUACUAGUAUACAUAAAUUUUAUUAUUUUAAAAUAUAUCUGUAUUUUUUCAUUAAUUGAAUGGAAUGUUCUUCUUUUUCAAGACAUUGAUAAUUAUAAUUUUCAAAAUAAUAAUGCUCAAAAUAAGUUAGUAAAAACAAAAGAAAAUGAGAAUGUGAAAGUCGCUAAUGAAGAAAGUUCGGGGUGUAUGGAAUCAUGUGCUUAUGGAGCUGCUAUGAAAAUAUAUAAUGGUGAAAGUAAAGAGAGCAAACAAAAUUGUGACGAAAAUAAUAAAAAUGAAAAAAUAGAAAAUAACUUGAAUAGUGCUUCAGAUAAAACCAUAUGCUCAGAAUUUAAUCAAGAAAAUUCAAAUAAUUGUGUAAAUGAUAAUAUUUUGAAUUUUGAAAUGAAUAAAGAAAUUAUAGAAAAAUUAAAUCCGAAUUUGAUGAAUAUAAGAAAUAUGAUUGAUAUAAAUUAUUAUGAAUAUAUCAUUGAACCUUUUGAUUUUUUUUUUUAUGAUCAAAUAUAUAAUGAAAUAUUUAAUUAUUUAGAAGUAAUAAGAAAUAAUAAUAGACUAAGUAACAAUGAUCAUUUAAAUUAUGGUUUUAAUUUAAUUAAGAAUUUACCUUUUCAAUAUUAUCAAUUUAUAGAUAUAUUAUCAAAAGAAAUAUUAAAUGUUAGAGAUUUAAUAUAUCGAAAUAAAUAUAUUAGAUAUAUAUUUUAUUAUAUUUAUAAAAAUAUUGAAAAUAAUAAUAUAUUAGAAACUGUUAAUAAAGUAUUAUUAAUGGAAAUUAAAAAAGUAUUAUUAUAUAAAGUUCAAAUAAAAUUAAGAUAUAAUAUAUUUAUAACUCGUUUUUUUGAAAAUAAUUAUAAUGUUAUAAAUAAUAAUUGUAUAGAAGAAAAACAUCAAGGCAAAGUUAAUUUCAUAGAAGCCAAAAAAUCUUUGUUUAAUCAACUUUUUAAUUCAUAUAAUGAUCAUUAUAAUAUGUAUAUGAAAGAAAUAAAACAAAAUCAUGAAUUGACAAAAAUCAUUUUCAAUAUCACUGAGGAAAAAUUUGCAGAUAUUCGAAAAAAAAUGGAUAUAUAUCUUAAUUAUUUGGAGUGCAAAAAAAUGGAAAAAGAAAAAGAUAUUUCUCAAAUUUAUGACAAUUUAAAUGUCAAUUUAGACAAUAAAUCUAGUAAUAAUCGAAAAAUGUAUAAUGAGGAAUUACCACAAAAUGAAUACGAGAAAAAAAAACUUCAAUUUGAUGUAUCAGAAAAAUAUGUACAAUUUUUAUAUGAAAAAAAUUAUUUACUUAUUAUAAAUAGUGAAAAAAAUAAUUCACGAAAAUUAAAAGUAGCAUAUAUAAUUAAAGAUAAAUUAAAAGAAAAUGAUAAUCUAGUAAUAAUAACAUCCAUACUAAAUAUAAAUAAAUGGAAAAAUUUAUUUUAUUCAUUUAAACAUAUUUCUAUAUAUAAUAAUGAAGAAAAUAUUAUUGAAAAUAAAGUAAGUAAUUCGGAUAGUAAUCUUAUUAUAUGUAUAGAUUUUGUUCCUAAAACUUUACAUAUUUCAUGCGAAAAUAUUAUAUUAGAUAUUUGUCACUUUAAUACAUUAAAUCAAAUAAAUGUUUUAAAUGAUCUUCGAUUUUUAAAUUUUCAAAAAAAAAUUAUUAUAUUAAAUGAUAUUCCCGAUAAUUGGAAUUUUAUUUUGGCAUUAUUUUUAUUAACCAUCAUUCCGAUUGAUAGUUCAAUUGCGAAUAAAUUUGAAACAGCUUAUGUUGAUGAAGAAGAUAAAAAACUUUUGUGUAACAUUAUGAAAAAUUUUAUAACCAAGUUUUUCAUAUAUUAUCGAGAAAAGCCACAGAUUCUAAAUGUUGGAAAUAAAAAUGGUUUUAGACGAUGUUUCCUUAUUACAUAUAUGAGCGGAAUACAAAAAAUUAUUUAUGAAAAUGUUGAAGAAAAUAAUAAAGGUAAGGCAUCUAUUCAUCCUUUACUUUUAUUAGAUGAAGAAUUAUUUAAUUUAAAAGAUUUUAACGUAUCUGAAAAAUUCGAUUUGCUUAAAAAUAUGAUUAAAAAAUUUUCCUUUUUAAAAAAAAAAAUACUUAUUUGCUAUUUUGGAGAAGAUAAAUUAGAAAAAUUAAUAAAAAUGUUACUAUAUCUUCAUUCCUUAAAUGAUAUAUCAAUUGUUUUUGCAAAAAAUAUAAAUAUGAUUAUUGAAGCAACAAGCAGUGAUACAAAUAAUUUUGAUGUAGUUAUUAUUAUAAAUGAGCAUAUGCAAAUUUUAAAUAAUUCUCAAUUAAUGAAUAAUUUUGAAAAAAAAAAAGUUACUCUAUAUUUUUUAAUAUCUGUUUUUACAAAAGAAGAACCAAAUUUUACUAUAGAAGAAAACCAUUGUACAAACGAUAAAGAACUUUAUUUUUUUAAAAAAAAUAAAACAAAAUUAAUGAAUUCCGAACAAAAUGAUGCUGAUUUAAUAUAUAAAUAUUAUAUUAAUAAUAUGAUAUCUGAAACAGAUGAACAAUUUUUAUUAUUUAAUAUUAUUGAUCAAAAAGAGCAAAUUUAUUGCAAUAGUAGUUAUAAUGAGAUGGUAGUUCCGACUUGUUUUGUGAGCAACCUUAUAAAUUCAGAAACAAAUUCUCAUAAUUCAGAAUAUUGGCAAGACAUAAAAAAUGCCCACAGCUUUUGGAAUUUCAACAAUUUUAAUAAAGACAAAAUAGCUUUUUAUUUGGACAAAAAAAAUGCAUUAUACAAUAAAUACAAAAACGAAGUUUACUAUAUUUCUGAGAAUACCAUAGCCCCUCCACAGAUAUAUUACUAUUUAAAUAAUCCCCUGAAUGAAAAAAAUACGUUUAACAAUUGCCUAUCAUUGGCAUUAGAUGAAAUGAUUGAAGAGUUUAACAGAAGAAGAGAGCUCAUAGAAUUUGACGAAUUAAAAAAAAAUACCUUAAUAAGUAUUAAAGAAAAAACAAAUAAAAAAUAUUUUUCAUCUAUGAGAAAAGUAGAAAAAAUAUUAUCUGAAUUUUUAAAUGAAAGUAAGAAGAAAUCUUUUGAGGAAUUUUUGAAGGGAUGCAAAGGCUAUGGACAAAUACUAACGAAAUGUAAAGAAAAAUUAUUUGUAACUUUUAAUAAGUCAUACAAUAUUCAUUUUAAAAAUUUUGAAAACUUUUGGCUUGAUGAAGAAAAAAAAAGAAAAGAAAAAUGGAAAGAAUUAUGGGAACUAAAUGAAAAAAAUAUUGCAAAUAAAGAUGAUCCAAACAAUACUAAUAUAAACAAUAUUUUUAAUAAUGUAAAUAAAGAUUCAAAUGAAAUAACGGAUAAUAUGACAAAUACUAAUAUAAAUAAAAUGAAAUCAGAUAUUAAUUCCCUCGAGAAAAAAAAUUUCCGAAUUAGACUUUCAUCACAAUUAUUUGAUGAAAAGGAAUUCGAUAAACUUUUUAUUGAAAGGAAAAAAAUAUGCAUGUCCACAGAGGAUUGCCAAAAAGAAGAUAAAUCAUUUUCAUGUGAUAUAAAAAAGGAUGCAGACAAAAAAACCUGCUUAUAUGUUGAAAGAAAAAAUGACAAUCAGGAGGGAGAGCAACAAACCCAAGGCAAUGAAAGUUUAGCGCCAUAA